CCUCUCCACAAAUGAGCAGCCCUAGCCCUUUGUUGUAUGUAUAUAUAUAUAUAUACACACACACAGAUAGAUUAGCUGCUGGAUUGAGCUUGAGCAGGUUGAGAAUGGUGAGGAAAUGCUCUCAUUGUGGACAUAAUGGCCACAACUCGAGGACGUGUUGCAGCAGCACAAGAGGCAUGGCUGGAGGAGAAGGCGGUGGAGUGAAGCUAUUUGGGGUUCAGCUUCGUUCGGCUUCCCCUCUCAAGAAAAGCUUCAGCAUGGAGUGCCUCGUCUCUUGCACUUAUCCUUUUGCCUUUUCCUCUUCCCCUUCUUCAUCGACUUCUUCUCUUGGCUCAGUGGAUGAGGCUGCUGAUCAGAAGAUGGCUAAUGGCUAUCUCUCUGAUGGUCCUGGUGGCAGAAAACAAGAGAGGAAGAAAGGGCUUUCGUGGACUGAGGAAGAGCACAGGCGAUUCCUGGCGGGGCUAGAGAAGCUUGGAAAAGGGGAUUGGAGAGGCAUCUCGAGGAACUUCGUCACCACUAGAACUCCCACACAAGUGGCGAGCCAUGCUCAGAAAUACUUCCUGAGGCAAAGCAACCUCGACAAAAAGAAGCGUCGAUCGAGUCUCUUCGAUGUUGCAACUGGUGAGAAGGCAGCUCGCCACACUGACUCAGGAUUAUCUCUUUGUACCAUGGCAAGCCAAGGGGGCUUUGAGACUGCAAAAAUAGACCUGAAUUCAUCAAUCCAAGGGCAAGAAACAGACCAUCUUCCUUCAUCUGUAGGCCUAGAUUUAGAGCUCAGAAUUUCCAGCUCAAGGUUAAAUCAGAAGAUCUCAAUGCCUGGGAAUCUCUGUCUUGGUACCACAAGUGUUACAUAAAGUGUUGUCAAUAAAUAAGAUGCUGCAAUUUGAGGUCGAAGCUUAGCCAGUGUCAUCGACACAAGGUUCCUUUUGAUCUUUUAGAUUAACUCAAACACUGUCAGAUAAGGAGAUGAUCUGUAGCUCUACUGAAAGUUUCCCUUUCUCUCUCUUUUUUUUUUUUUUGAAAUGAAAGCAGUACGUACUGUUUGUGUGAGAAAUUCUCCAGGAAGCUUUUUCUCAUUGAUGGCCA